GGAAUAGGGAAGUGGGUUAUUAAUGAUUGUAGGGUUAGAUGGUAGGAUAUUUGUUUAUUUUUUUCCCCCAUACAAAGUAAAGGGGAUUUAUACCCCAGUCUAGUUGAUGGCGGUAAUGCAACGUUUACUGUAUGUCAACCGCCGUUAAACCUCAUCGAAGAACAAGGGCGCAAAAUACAACUUCCUGGUUUGAUCAACUGUGAGUGACAUCUUUCGCGAUACAGGCAAUUUCGUGCGUUGUAUUGACGACGGCCUUGUCUUGGAAUGUAACAUAAUCGCUUUAUCCAUCAAGAGUGAAAUACAUAUUCGUCUGCCACUUUCGGAAAAUAUCACAUUUACGUGCUUUCUCUUAAACGUUAUAAUGGUCCAUGACAAGAGUGAGUAAGCUCAUGAGGAGCCGCUGAACAAAGCUGCCAAAAAGCCUCCUUCCUUUCGAAUGGGAUGAGAGAAGCACAGGUGCAGCAGCAGCAUUUACGGCUGUGGGGUCAGUGACUCUCUGUGAGCUCAGGAUGGCGCAGGGAGGCCCUCCGCUAGACUAUCACGUCCUGCAGGACCUCAAGCAGCGCUUCCCCGAGAUCCCAGAGGGAGUAGUGUCCCAGUGCCUUCUGCAGAACAACAACAACCUGGAUAUAUGCUGCCGCCUACUGGCUCAGGAGAGUAACAGAUACCUCUAUGGGGAGUUCCACAGUCCAGAGGAGGUUCGCCUGAGCCGGAACCACAUGCUGCACAUCCAGUUGGGCUACCCUCCCCCGGAGGUGGGCAAGUCCAACGGGGGUGGGCGCUCCCUGGUGCACAGCUCCAGCGACGGUCACAUCGAGCUUCCGCGGGCCGGCUUCCAGGAACCCCUCUCGGCCCCCGCCACCAUGGCACCCUCGCCGGGGUACAACCCCUUCUUCAUGAAGGAGCACGGGGGGCGCUCAGCCAGCACCCCCACCCCUCCUCCCAUGCAGGGCAUGUCCCCUACCUACUCCCCCGUUCCCCGCUACACCAUGAACCCCAUCACGGUCACCCUCUCCCAGAACCUUCCCAAUGCCCCCCAGGCCCUGCAUAUCCCCGUCGGUCACUAUGGCAACAGUGGCGGCAAUGCCCUCUAUCUCCGUCCCUCGCCCUCCCAGAGCCCCCAGCCCUCUCCUUGGCCUUCGCCCGGGCAGCCUGUGUAUCAGCCCUCGCCCUACGCCACUCCCACCUACCAGUCCCCCUAUAGCUCACCCCAGCACCAGCCCCACCAAGUGCAACCCCAACAGCAGGUACAGCACCAAGUCCAACACCAGCACCAGCCCCACCCCCAGCACCAGCAGACCCAUGUCUUCCUGCCAAUCAGCCCUCCCACCCUGGCCAGCAUGCCCUACCACCAGCACCACCAACAGCAGCAGCCCAUCUACCGGCCCUACCUGCCCAAGAGCUCCCUGAAGAACCAGAUCGAGAUCACCUUGGAGGGCACACGGCCCCGCAGCAACUCCCCCGUCCACUGUCCCCCGGGCCAGACGCUCUACAUGGCCACAAGCCCCUCACCCAGCUCACCCCAGCGAGGCCUUAGUGGCGGGGGCCCCGCCGCAUUCCACCCUGGGGUCUACCUGCACCAGGGCCCCACGCGGCCCAGACCUGCCUCCUCGCCCCAGCCAGGCAGCCAGGCGGGCUACACCUUUAAGAUCAAAGUGUCCCCAGGCCAGGCCCAGCAGAGGCCCCCCUCAGGCUCCCCUCCCGUGUCCUCCCCUCCUGAGUCUCUGCUCAACAUGGUGGACCAGGGGGAGCACCAUGCGCUGGCCCCGGCGCCUAUCCUGCCCAUCUCAGCUCUGCCCGGUAACAUCGCCAGCCACAUCGCCAACCGCAUGCCCCGCCGGUCCAGCUCAGGCUCCGAUGACUACGCUUACACCCAGGCUCUCCUGCUGCACCAGAGGGCCCGGAUGGAGCGUCUACUGAAGGAGCUGCUCAUGGAGAGGAAGAAAGUGGAGCAGCUGAAGGCAGAUGUCAACGACAUGGAGUACGACGCCCUCCAGAGACGCUUCAGACGAGUCAACAGCAGCAGCCUCAUCCCCCGGCCUGAAGAGAUGACCCGAUUACGCAGUCUGAACAGACAGCUUCAGAUUGAUAUCGACUGCACCCUGAAGGAGACGGAUCUGCUGCAGUCUAGAGGGAAGUUUGAUCCGAAAGCCGAGAACAACUUUUAUAAGAACAUACAGACCGGUCCGGUGGUACCACCCAAGCCAGGAAGGAAAGAGGUGGAGCGGAAAGCCAAGCCUGUAGCUGCGGGGCCCCCUCAGAGGGACGAGGACUUUGAGGGAGCCCAGUGGAGCUGUGAAGAAUGCACCUUCCUCAACCACCCUGCACUCAACCGCUGUGAACAGUGUGAGAUGCCGCGCUACACCUGAACCUUGCCCAGCCCACUCCAGCCCUAUCCCGGAUAGUAGUCACCCCCCCACCCUUACUUCCUCCAUCCCUGUAAACUCCUCCUCCAAUUGGUCCCUGCCCAUGGCUUUGUGUGAUAACCCUCCCCCCUGCACUUUGACCCUUGCUUCCAUUGGAGGAAAGCAUUUUUACAGGAGAGGAUAGCAGGAGACUGUUCUCAUGGCAACCUAAAAAGGAGGGACUAGCUGUCAGUGGGUGUGGCUACAACUACUGGAGCGUUGUUUUUAAAAUAAGCAGGAAGAGGAGGCGUGGUUUACAGAGUGAACAUUCCGUUGCAGAAUGAAUGACUGCCCUGUUUACACGACUGAGCCCAUUCCCAAACCCCGUGGACGAACGCAGGCGCUUCUUACAGUGGGACAUUCCUCUACAAAUGGCCAGGGCUGCACUCUGACAGUGGGACAAUGCAAUGGCUAAAAGAAAGGGUCUGGUGAACUCAUCCUAAUGUAGAUUAUACACUGUAUCAGCUCUGUACCAAGAGCUCCUCCUUUCAUCAAAUGAAGAACACUAAAGAGACUUGCAUAUGAAUAUAGUCCUGGUACUUGUAUGCAUAUUAUGCCCAACACUGUAUUCCGUGUUAAAAAGAUGUCCAUUUUCCUGUGCAAAUGCCUCAAGUUGCUGUACUUAAUAAAGGAGCUGAUUCUAUGUGACUGUUGCUUUACACCUGGAAUAUUUCCUGUAGUCUCGUUUUUUCUUUUUCCUGUAGUUUGUGGCAUUUUAGUUUAAUGGUCCAAUAUAGUUGUUUUUAGCUUAAUAUCUAAUCAUUUCUGGGUAACAAUUGAAGUACCUUACUGUGAUUUUGUUUUUACAUUUAAAUGGUCAAAAGAAACAGCAAUUUUGCAAGUGCUAUCUAGGAUUGGUCUGAGUAGAGGGGAAAGCUGAACUCGUUUUAAUUGGCAAAGGUUUGAGGGCAUUAUCAUUUUCACAAGUUCACAGUAUUAUUCCAACCUUGUGUGGAAAUGUAUGUAAAACACAGAAUCUAGAUUUAGACUGCACUGGGCCUUGAAUGCGCUACUGCUUGCUUUGACUGGGUUGUCCCCUAAUGCAAAUUAAACACGUCUUUUUCAUGA